AUGCGCAUCUUCAGAUUCUUAACAUCAUCGACACCAAUCGCAAACACCUUCUUCACUCGCCUCACUCAAUCCUCACCGUCCCUAUCUCUCCUCCGCCGCCGCCUCACAACCGCCAUGGCCACGGAGGACCAGCUCCGCAAAGCGCUCUCCGUCAAGCUCUCGGAGGUCGAGAGCCAGGGCAACCAGGUCCGCGAGCUCAAGAAAUCCGGCGUCGCCAAGACCGACAUCGACGCCGCCAUUGAAGCGCUGAACGCGCUCAAGCUGGAGAAGACGGCGAUCGAGAAAUCCCUCCAGGCCACCAUCAGCGGCGGCGACGGCGGCGGCUCUGUUAAUAAGGAGGCGCUGCGUCAGGCUGUGGUGAACACUCUGGAGCGGCGGCUGUUUUAUAUUCCGUCGUUCAAGAUUUACGGCGGUGUGGCGGGGCUCUACGACUACGGCCCUCCUGGCUGCGCCGUCAAGUCCAAUGUGCUAGGGUUUUGGCGUCAGCAUUUUGUUCUUGAAGAAAACAUGUUGGAAGUUGACUGCCCUUGUGUUACACCUGAGGUUGUUCUCAAAGCAUCUGGUCAUGUGGACAAAUUCACCGAUCUUAUGGUUAAGGAUGAGGCAUCUGGGACUUGUUACAGAGCUGAUCACUUGCUGAAGGAUUACUGUAAAGAUAAGCUCGAAAAGGACCUCACUAUAACUUCAGAGAUGGCUAUGGAACUGAAGGAAGUACUUUCAAAGUUAGACGUCCUCUCUGCUGAAGAGCUGGGUCAGUGUAUAAAGAAAUAUGGUAUUAAAGCGCCUGACACAAAGAAUCCUCUCUCGGACCCUUAUCCAUUCAACCUGAUGUUUCAAACAUCAAUUGGUCCUUCUGGUGUGAGCACAGGGUAUAUGCGACCAGAAACUGCGCAAGGUAUUUUUGUGAAUUUUAGGGACUUGUACUAUUACAAUGGGAACAAACUCCCUUUUGCUGCAGCCCAAAUUGGCCAGGCUUUCAGAAAUGAGAUAUCACCUCGCCAAGGUCUUUUAAGAGUCCGUGAAUUUACACUAGCUGAGAUUGAGCAUUUUGUGGACCCUGAAGACAAAUCCCACCCAAAAUUCUCUGAUGUUGCACAUUUGGAAUUUCUGAUGUUUCCAAGGGACGAACAGAAGCCUGGCCGGUCUGCAAGAGUAAUUCAACUUGGUGAAGCCGUAUCUUCUAAGGAUUCGAAAGUUGUUGACAACGAAACGCUUGGGUACUUUAUUGGGAGAGUCUACCUCUUCCUCACUGGUCUGGGUAUUGACAAGAACCGAUUAAGGUUCCGACAGCACCUUGCAAAUGAAAUGGCUCACUAUGCCCAGGACUGUUGGGAUGCUGAGAUCGAGACUUCAUAUGGUUGGAUUGAGUGCGUUGGUAUUGCCGAUCGAUCUGCUUAUGAUUUGAAGGCACAUUCGGAAAAAAGUAGAGUUGAUCUUGAGGCUCAGGAAAAAUAUCCCGAACCAAGAGAAGUUGAGAAAUUGGUUAUAUCUCCUGUAAAAAAAGCAAUCGGUCUUGCUUUCAAGGGGGAGCAAAAGAAUGUACUUGAAGCUUUGGAGGCCAUGAAAGAAGAAGAAGCUUUGAAGAUGAAGACAGAUCUGGCAUCAAAAGGGGAGGUGGAGUUUUAUGUUUGCACUCUGGGGAAAAGUGUAACCGUUAAUUCAAGUAUGGUAACAAUCUCAAAGGAGAAAAAGAAAGAGCACCAGAGAGUUUUCACGCCCUCGGUUAUUGAGCCAUCAUUUGGUAUCGGUCGGAUAAUUUAUUGCCUCUAUGAGCACUCAUACUACAUGAGGCCAAGCAAAGAUGGUAAUGAGCAGUUUAAUGUGUUCCGUUUCCCCCCUCUCGUGGCACCCAUCAAGUGUACUGUCUUCCCGUUGGUUCAGAAGCAAGAGUACGAGGACGUUUCCAAAGUCAUUUCCAAGUCAUUGACAGCAUCUGGGGUAUCGCAUAAAAUUGACAUUACAGGUACCUCAAUCGGGAAACGAUAUGCAAGAACUGAUGAACUUGGUGUGCCAUUUGCCAUCACUGUGGAUUCCACUUCCUCAGUAACAAUUCGCGAAAGAGAUAGCAAGGACCAGAUCCGUGUUGAUGUUAGUGAAGCAGCAUCUGUUGUCAAGGAUAUAGCUGAGGGAGUGAGGACAUGGGCAGAUGUGUGGUCUGCUUUCCCUCACCAUUCUUCUGGUUCAGCAGACGAGUAGAGGCCAACUGAAAAUCCAUAAUCAACAACAUUAGCUAUAGCUUUGAAUUGUCUCAAGUCUGGAAAAUUGUUACAAUACAGAGCAUACUUGUUGCUAAUUGGAUGCAUACUUGCUCUUAAAUUUAUGUGGCUGU